ACAGCUUCCUGCCGCGGGCAGGCAGGCAGGCAGGCAGGCGGGCAGGCGCUGAGAGAGGCGGGCGCAGAGCCCAGGGGCAGGUACGGCUGGGGCGCAGGGUCUGUAUAGGGGCGCCUGGUGCCCCAGACUCCAGCCCAGCCUGGCCUGACCUCCCUGGGGUCAAGGGCCUUCCAGAACCGGCGCUGCCGCCCACUCAGCCCAUUGAGGGGAGGGGGCGCGGCUGCCCCUCUACCAGGCUCCCAGCCUGGUGCCCGCCUGGCCCCUGCCCCUUUGCUGGCCUGGCCCUCGCCCUGCAGCAGCUCUGCUCUUGAGGGCUGUGCAGCGAGCAGCUAGGCCAGGUCCAAGCCCCCUCCUGCAGAUGGAGGCGGUCAGCCUGAUCCCCUACGCACUGGGCCUCCUGCUGCUGCCCCUCUUGGCCGUGUUGCUGAUGGCACUGUGUGUGCGUUGCCGAGAGCUGCCAGGCUCAUAUGACACUGCUGCCCCCGAUAGUUUGACCCCAAGUAGCAUCGUGAUCAAGCGGCCUCCCACACUUGCCCCCUGGCCACCAGCCACUUCCUACCCGCCUAUGACCUCCUACCCACCCCUGAGCCAGCCAGAUCUGCUCCCCAUCCCGCGAUCCCCGCAGCCCCCCGGAGGCUCCCACCGCAUGCCUUCUUCCCGGCAGGACUCAGAUGGUGCCAACAGUGUGGCCAGCUACGAGAACGAGGGUGCGUCUGCGAUCCUGGCGGCCCUGGCUGGGAGGAGGCCAGGGCCCGCCCUGGGCUCUGCUGACCCUGUGUCGUUCCCCCCAGAGCCAGUCUGUGAGGAUGCGGACGAAGACGAGGAUGAGGAAGACUAUCACAACGAGGGCUACUUGGUGGUGCUUCCCGACAGCGUCCCAGCCACUGGCGCCACGGUCCCAGCAGCUCCUGCGUCCAACAAGCCCGGCCUCCGAGACAGCGCCUUUUCCAUGGAGUCCGGGGAAGAUUACGUGAACGUUCCUGAGAGUGAGGAGAGUGCAGAUGCGUCUCUAAAUGGGAGCCGGGAGUAUGUGAACGUGUCCCAGGAGCUACAGCCCGUGGCCAAGACCAAGCCUGCCACCGUGCGUUCCCAGGAGGUGGAGGAUGAAGAAGCUCCAGAUUACGAGAAUCUGCAGCUUAACUGAGGGCCUGUGUGCCUGUUCCGGAACCAGCCUUGCCCAGGAGUGCUGAGCCCAGCAGCUGGCAGUGGCUUUGUAGAGCCCCACCCUGCCCCGGCUCCAGCCUGACAACAGUCUGAGAAUUUUUCCCCUAACUUAUUGUCACUUCGGGGUCCAGUCCAUGUGGCCCCAAUACUCCGCACCUUCUGACGCAGCCUGAGAAUGAAGUACCCUGGCCCCAGCCCUACUCUGUAAUAGAAUAAAGGCUGGUGUGGUCUGCAGUGAUCUUGGCUUUGAGGGGGUGCCUAGUGGGUCAGAGUCGGAGCGAGGGUGGGCGGGGUCUGGGGGGGUCUGUGUGCGCAUGCGGGAGUGUGUUCGCGCAUGCGCAGGCGCCUGUGCGCAUGCGUGCUUCUGGGUCUCCAUCCUCACAUGCUCCCGGGUCCCUGACUGGGUGUGUGUGUAAUUGAACGAAGCGUGGGACACGUCACCUCUCGAAUGAGGCAGUUCCAACCCCGGCUGGGCCUUCUGGGCUCUGACAUGUCUCUCCACGAGUUAGUCCUCGGAAGGGAAGCACUGGGUGGGCGUCUAGAGGAGACCCUUCCCUGCUGGCCCCCAGUUUCUCCCUCUUUAAAACAAGCGGGUGGACUUGACAACCACAAACGGCUUUCUUAGGGCCUACAUUUUGUGGUUCUUAAUAAAACAGAACUUUAAAAAUUGCCUCCGCAACUGAAAAAGUUAAUGGACAGUGACGUCCUCUUCAGACUUGUGCAGGCGGCUCCCCUGGGGGUUUGGCUAAAAUGCAAACUCUGCUUCAGUCGAGCUGGGAUGGAGCCUGAGACUCUGUGUUUCAAAGGAGCGCCCGACUGGUUCUGCUGCUGCUCCGAGACGCCCGCCCCACCCCCCAUCCCCAGUAGCAGGAUCUGGAGGACAUCCUGGUCGUUGUGACUGGUUCCGACGUGAGCAAGUGACCACCUGGCCAGAGUGAGGCCCAGCGCUGGACAUGGGCAGCAAAUGUCAGGAAGAAGCAGCUCUUUCUCUUCACGGCAGUCGUGCAGCUGGGGAAUGUGGUCCUUGGGGCCCAUGCCUGGAGUGCCUCCUGAGAAUGAUGGAGGAGAGACAGCCCGGAGGCGGGCAGGGCUGGCCGGCUUCCUGGUGGUGUCAGAACACCUGGAUCCAGUCACACCUGAAGCAAGAUAGCCCCUCAGACUUCAGUUACUCGGGCCAAUAAAUGACCAGUUUUCUUCCAUC